AAACACAAACACACUCGCAUGUAUGUACGUAUAUAAAAAUAUAUACAUAUAUAUGUAUACAUACAUAUAUAUAUCAAUUGUGGUGGCAGUGUAUUAAAUUAAAAUUAGUGAAUUAUGCUGAAGUUUUUAACGCACAAGCUACGAACUCAUUCGCUGAACGAGGAUCCGAACCAGGAGAAGAGCGACGAUGAUCACGACUCGGGAACUGAGUCCGACGAUGAGCUGCAGGUCAGGAUCGAGGAACCUUCCAGCUUUAUGGAGGGUAUGGAGAGUCCUGGACCACCGGACAGCGCGGUGCCAUCUGACAGCGACCUCGGGGCGCCAUGUCCAGUUGGAUUUCGGCCCUGUUUCGCGUCCCGGAGUAAGGUCGACGACCGGGUAAACGGCGACUGUUUCGCGGGCGCCGUUUUAGCCCAGGCCCAGAACCUGCAUCAGCAUCAGCAUCAGCAUCAGCAUCAGCAUCAGCAUCAGCAGCGACCGCAACCCAAGCAGAGUAAUCAGUCGUCGAGAAACGGGGGGGCAAGUAACGGGCAAUCGAGGAGAGCGAAUCUCCUACUUCUCCUCAAUUACAACGAUCAGCACAGUUCCGAGGAGGAACUCGAGGUGAUAAACAGGCCCAGGACACCGGCGAGUCAGUUGUGCAGGCCGGUCACCGUCCCCGAGAAGAGGAAAUGGUCCCAGGUCAGUUGCGAAUCGAAUCACGGCUGGAGUCCUACCUUGCAGAGUCAGCUGCAGAUCCAUCGUUCUCAGACCCUGACGGAUCUCGGUGACGCCAUUUUCUCUACCCCCAACAGCAUAACGGGAAGGGGGGAAUUCGUCGGCUGGGGAUCCAGCGACGAGGAGGUGCAGAGUCUCCUGAGAAAUUCAAUGUCGCAGCCGGUCCAAUUCUGCACGUCGCCUCCGGUCGACGCGUGCAAACCCGGUCGAUCCUUAUCCCCGCCAGUGAAAUUGUUCCACGCUUUGAUGGAGGAGCCUCGAACAUCUCGGCCCAGAUCACGGCCAAGGCCUCAUCCCCUCAUCAAUUACCUCAACGCCGAUACGGACGCCCUCAGCGCCUGCAGUCCCAGGAAACGUCAUCGGCCACCUCACGAAGAUGUGCCACGGCCUUGUCUCGAUUUCGAGAAAAUGCGGCACUCGAAGGCGAAGGCGUCGAACGAGGAGACAUCAGCCGAUGAAACUAAAAACGAAACGUCGGUACCGUGCUGAUGAAACUUAUCUGGAGGGGCGCAACGGGGCACCAGUCGGUCGUCUCUGUCCACGUGCCCCGAGGGCCGUCAGAUUUUCUGCGAUCCCUGAGCCUUGAUCCUGUCGCUCUGAAGGUCUUCAAGGUCUCAUCGUUUCAGGAGGAGUUCCAAGUUUGCUCCCUCGGUUAAUCUAACGCCACAUGCCAGUGGCAGUCGGUGUUCUAGCUCUUUUGCUAAACGGGAGCCUCUAUUUUCCGGGCUGACGCCGAUCACAUCCUUGCAAACUCCGUCUCCCGCACAGCGAAGAAUGCCGCGAGAACGAGGGUGAACGUCGUUGCGAUGCGGGAUAUCGGAGGGGAUGAUAUGAUAAGGUCGCGGAGGAAGAGGA